AUGGAUGUCUUUUCCAAAUUGAAAGUCUCUAAAAUGAAGAAAAACACACAAUCAGAACAGGCUCCAAGCAAAGAAGAGAUAAUUAAUACGAUGGAAAACUACUCAACAGACAGGCCACAUAGUAAUAAAGAAAAUAACAACAAUGCCAAACCGUUGUCUAGAGGGUCCAGCUUGGACAAGUGGGAGUAUGUUGAUAGUGACCCUUUGUUAGCCCCAGCCAGUUUGUCACAUUCAUACAGCACAGAAUGGGAAAAUUUGUUCAACAAACCUGAAAUGAUGAAACGGUUGAAGGAGAGGGCCUUAGAGGGUAACCUUCGGAGUAGUAGGUUUCGAAGUGUCAUUUGGAAGUUGUUUCUUGAGGUACUUCCUUCACAAACAAAUGCAUGGAUAGAUAAAACAAGAAAAAGUAGAAGCAAGUUUGAAGAAUUAAAAAACCGGUUGAUCGUCAACCCCAGAAAAGCUGUAGAUUCUGUAGAUAUUUCAUUAAAUAACCCCCUGUCGCAAGAUGAAGAGAGUCCCUGGAAUAAAUUUUUUCAGGACAAUGAAUUAAGAUUGACCAUUAAGCAAGACGUAAUCAGAAC